AUGGCCAAGAAGCGUAUAGCUGUGAUUGGAGCUGGGAUCAGUGGCCUGGGAGCCAUCAAGUGUUGCUUGGAUGAAGACCUGGAGCCCACCUGCUUUGAAAGAAGUGAUGACAUCGGAGGCCUGUGGAAAUUUCAAAAAAGCCCUUCAGAGAAAAUGCCUAGCAUCUACAGAUCUGUGACCAUCAACACUUCAAAGGAGAUGAUGUGUUUCAGUGAUUUCCCCAUCCCUGAUCACUUUCCCAACUACAUGCACAACUGCAAACUCAUGGACUACUUCAGGAUGUACGCCGAGCGCUUCAGCCUUCUGGAUUACAUUCGAUUUAAGACCACAGUGAGGAGCGUGAGAAAGCGUCCAGACUUCAGUGUCCACGGACAAUGGGAUGUUGUCGUGGAGGCAAAUGGAAAACAGGAAAGCCUGAUCUUUGAUGGUAUUCUGGUCUGCAGCGGCCAUCACACAGACCCCCACCUGCCACUCAAGUCCUUCCCAGGCAUUGAGAAGUUUGAAGGCAGUUAUUUCCACAGCCGGGAGUACAAAAGUCCUGAGGAUUAUGUAGGAAAGAGAAUCAUAGUGGUUGGCAUUGGGAAUUCUGGUGUGGAUAUUGCCGUGGAACUCAGUUGUGUAGCAAAACAGGUAUUCCUCAGCACCAGACGAGGAUCGUGGAUUUUACACCGUGUUUGGAAUAAUGGCUAUCCCAUGGAUACUUCAUUUUUCACUCGGUUCCAUAGCUUUCUCCAGAAGAUAUUAACUACAGAAGCAGUAAAUAAGUACCUAGAGAAGAUACUGAACUCAAGAUUCAACCAUGCACAUUAUGGUCUGCAGCCACAGCACAGGCCACUGAGUCAGCAUCCCACCGUCAGUGAUGACCUUCCGAAUCACAUCAUUUCUGGAAAAGUCCAAGUGAAGUCUAACGUGCAGGAGUUCACGGGAACAGAAGUUGUUUUUGAUGAUGGCACGACGGAGGAAAAUAUUGAUGUUGUCAUCUUUGCCACAGGAUACAGCUUUUCUUUUCCAUUCCUUGAGGGUCUGAUUGCAGUUACUGACAAUGAAGUGUCCCUGUAUAAGCUGAUGUUCCCUCUGGACCUGGAGAAGCCAACACUGGCUGUCAUUGGACUCAUCCAGCCCUUGGGCAUCAUCCUACCCAUUGCAGAGCUUCAGUCUCGCUGGGCUGUGCGGGUGUUCAAAGGGCUGAGCAAAUUACCCUCAGUGAAGGCCAUGAAGGCAGACAUCGACCAAAGGAAAAAGGCUAUGGAGAAACGGUAUGUGAAGACAGCCAGGCACACAAUCCAAGUGGAUCAUAUUGAGUACAUGGAUGAGAUUGCCUCUCUGGCCGGGGUGAAGCCCAACCUCCUGUGCCUGUUUCUUUCGGAUCCAGUGCUGGCCAUGGAAGUCUUUUUUGGGCCCUGUACCCCUUACCAAUACCGUUUGCAAGGUCCAGGGAAAUGGGAUGGGGCACGGAGAGCCAUCCUGACUCAGAGAGAACGAAUCAUCAAGCCCUUGAAGACUCGAAUUACUAGUGAGAAGAGUGGCUCUGCCUCAGGUCUCUUUUGGAUAAAGAUGAUACUAUUUGGCCUGGGAUUUUUGGUUACAAGCUUAACAUACUUCAGUUAUAUUUGUCAUGAUGAACACAAAUGA